GAAAGACAAAUACUGUGUGCAUCACUGGACAAUGCGUGCCAAUUCCAGGGUAGCCGACUUCGAAUGUGGGUACUGUCAGCGGAAAUUCUCAAAGAAGGAGCAUCUCAAGAGACAUGAAAGGGCUCAUACUGGAUCCAAGCCCUUUAAAUGUCAAAUAUGCAAUAGCAGCUUCUCACGAGGAGACGUGCUCAACCGGCACGUAAGAGGGCACAGUCGGAAUGCACAAUCAAGCCCAUCAGAAAGCGUAUUAUCAUCACGGGGACUGCAAGUGUCUGACGAUAAUGAUACACCGUCAUAUCAUCGGGUCGAUAUGGUGUCGAUCAACAAUGCUUCCAACGUAAACUCAAUCCAACCCAACGCCAGUACCGGUUUCCAAACAAGCACUUUAUGGCCAUCAAUUCGCUCUGAAGAGCGCUCUGGGCAAUAUGAUGCGUCUUCUUCACUUUUAUGGCCUGACUCCGAAGAAUUCUAUCAGAGUCUAGUAUCAAUUGAUGGGAUGAUCUGGGACCAACCUGCGAAUAACCCAUUGACGCAAGCGCAUAUUUCACACAAUGAAGCAUCGGGAAGAAUCCGAGCAGACGUUCGGCCAGAUGCAGGCGAUGAUCUUGCUGCAGCGGAAGAUGGGCACAGAGCUGUACAGACCAUCAAUGGGCUUCUUGCCAAUACCCUCUUCAGUGUUACAUCACCUGCAGCUUUAUCAGACUUAACUCCACGAUUUCUUGACAGUAGUCUUCAUAUGUUCUUUACCAAAUUUGUCCCCAUUCUCCCUGUCAUACAUAAGCCCACUUUUGUGUAUCGGAACUGCUCAGCGCCUCUUCUACUUAAUGCAAUUGCUCUUGGAUCUCUGUUUCUCGGAACAGAAGAUUCGACUAUCAAGGGCGAGGCUUUGUGGAGAUUGGCACAUACAGCUAUUGCAACUUCCUGGUCCGAGCUGAUAAGUCACACGAGGGAACAUGACGCUUGUAGUGGGAUCGAGCUGGUAUUGUCUUCCUUGUUGAGUCAAGCCUACGCAGCUUUAUCUAGGGAUCGAACCAUUCGAACGACAAGUCAGACCUUCUACGGCCUGAGCAUGCACUGGGCACAAUAUUGUGGAAUGUACGACGUACCAGAUCCGCCACCCAUACCCAGCGAACAUGAUCCUACCGAAAUCAAGAUGAAUGCUUGGCGGUUAUGGGCCGCAAGAGAAACCCAAUUGAGAACUCUACUUGGCCUUUGUAUUAUUGACGGGAUUGUGUCUCAAUUUAGUGGUAACCUUGUAAACACUUGGAGAGCAACAAACUCGCUACCACUUUCUGCCGAAGACGACGUCUUUGUCGCGGAUACUGUCGACAAAUGGAUCCACGCUAUGAACAUGCACGUUGAGAAGGGGAAUACUUUCUCAUUGGAGCGAUUCCAUAAUCUAUGUUAUCAACUAGAGAUGGACUGCGAUCAGGUCGGCCGACUAUACUGCAAAUCGGGGCUGUUGAACGUUAAGAUCCUCCUAGAGUUGAUAGGCUCCCUUGCAACCGAUACUGAGCGAGCAAUUCGUGGAUCCGCUGGUGGAAAAUGUAGAUUAGGCGCCAUCAGAGCGUUGGGUGCCCUACGACGACAUCUCAUACAGUGUUGCGAUCUAAGCGCGGCCGACAAAGCCAUAGGUCUGAUUCGGUGGCACGCUGUUUGCCUUGAUCUGGUCGUCAAUACAGCACGAGGCGCACGAAGAAUGUGUCAUUUCUACAACAUUACCCAACAUAUCUUUGGUGGAAAGAAACGGCAGGAGUCUAAACGUAUCAAUCCACAGGCGUGGGCUCAAGGCCUCCCUGCGCGGAAGUGUCUCUUACAUGCGUUGGAGAUUCACAAGAUUGCGUCAGAAGUUCCUUUAGGUGUCAUUCACGAUACCUGCCUGCCCGGCGCUCUAUUUGCCGCAGCUACAACAUAUAGUUCUUUCGCACUUCCUGGAGUGACUAAGGUACAUGUGCCUGCUUCCAUAGACUGGGAAACACUCAUUCUCUACGGUCUAGAUGAGGCACCGAUUCAGCCUCCAUCUAUGACUACUGAAGUUCAAGACACGAUUGAGUUUUUAGAAAGUAGCAUAACUGCACAGGCUUCUAAUUGGACACCCCGAAACCUGCUUUAUGAACUAAACUCAACCAGAAUCCUACUGCACAGUCUGUCUCAACAUUGGGGCGUGACAGAGGAAAUGGAAGAAGUAAUUGGCGAAUGGGAAGCCCGGUGUGGUUGA